AUGGCGGGGCCGGUGGACUGUCACUGCCACCUGGCCGCGCCCUGCUUCCAGCGGGCGGCCGUGUCGGCGCUGGUGGUGGUGUCGGAGCAGGCGGGCGAGUUCCGGAGCGUCGUGGAGCUGUCUGAGAGAUUCCCGGGGUUUGUCUUGCCAUGCCUGGGAGUUCACCCCGUCCAAGAGGUUUCUCCAGAGGAGCAGCGCAGUGUUACACUGGAGGAUCUGGAUGCUGCGCUGCCUCUUAUAGAACUUUACAAAGACAAAUUGGUGGGGAUUGGAGAAGUUGGACUAGAUUUCACUCCCAGAUUUGCCAGCACCGAUGAACAGAAGGAAGGACAAAGACAGGUUUUGAUCAAGCAGAUUGAGCUGGCAAGAAGACUGGAUUUGCCAUUAAAUGUUCACUCCCGCUCAGCUGGAAGACCAACCAUUAAUCUCUUGAAGGAACAAGGUGCUACCAAGGUGUUGCUCCAUGCCUUUGAUGGGAAGCCGUCUGUAGCCAUGGAAGGGGUGAAAGCUGGAUACUACUUCUCCAUUCCUCCUUCCAUUAUAAGGAGUGAACAGAAGCAGAAGCUUGUGAAACAGCUGCCUCUGGAAAAUAUGUGCUUGGAAACUGAUUCUCCUGCUUUGGGGCCUGAAAAACAGGUAAGAAAUGAACCCAAAAAUAUUUACAUUGCUGCUGAAUACAUUUCCAAAAUUAAAGGAAUUCCAGUUGGAGAAGUUAUAGAAGUGACUACACAGAAUGCACUAAAAGUAUUCCCCAAACUUCAGCACUUUCUUCGGAUAUAGACUCAGAAACGGAAAUAUAUGAUGUUGCAGAAAGUACUGCUUUUGGUGUAAUUAAUAAAACCAACAUACAUCUUGUGUUAAAGUGGAGUUUUGUGGUUGGAAGUUCAAGAAGCAAGGAGUGUUAUGUAGCUGGAUAGGAUGAAAAUAGGGAAUUUCUCAAAGGCCUUUGGUGUGCAUUGUAAUAAAUCUCUUCAAUGUGAUAA